CAAAUUUUUCAUUGUUGAUACUAUGAGUAAAUUACAUACCCCUCAAUUGGACUGAAAGAAGAUCAAAAGAGUUCUACUUAAAAGAAUUAGGAAGAAUGAAGGAUUUAUUAACGAUAUCAUUGAAAAUUAUCCACAGACUGAGACAAAGCCAACAUUAAAUGGUGAUCAAGAAUUUAAGUUGAAAGUAGUUGAUUACAUAUACAACAAGGACACUGAGGUAGAGAAUCUUGCUCAAGAUUUUGAUCCGUAUUGACAGUCAGUUCAAGAAACUCAAAAAUCGCAUACUUUUUCAGGACCAGCUGUGAUAAAAAAGGCUAAAAGAUGUUCCUCUUCUCACCCAAAAAGGAGAAAGUGUUUAAUCCGUAAAAAUUCAAAGAAAACCCAGCCAAAGUUCAGAAAUAAUGAAGCAGGUCUUAGUGGGUGGGGUGACGAAACCAAGGAUGUUAAACUCUCAAAUCAGCUAAUCAUCCAAGGUACUUCUUUUUAUACGGAUGAAGAUAUUGUGGAAACACUCAGUUAUGAUUCAGAUUUUUCUAAUAGUAAUAAGCCACUCAACUCAAAGAAGCAGACUAACAUGAAGAUUGAUGAGGAAAUAUAUGGGAUGCAAAGUGUCUUAAGCACAAAUAAUUCAACUGCCUCCAACUUUUACGGUUCAGAAUCAAGAUACAGAUGCAAGAGAGGUUCCCUAUCAGUUAGGAGUAGUAAAAAUACAUCACUGGGACGUUUCCAUAAGAAGAAUGCCCAAUUCAGGCGAAGAAAUACUGAUGGCUCAAGGAAGAAAAAGAUUAUCAUUGUACUUAACACUAAUUGUGACUCUCUGGAAUAUUCCCAAAACAAGGGUAAGACAAGAAAAGCUAAAAAGUCCAAAGCUCUAUUUAAAUCAAAGGCACUGAGCAAGAUCAAGGAUUAUGAGACUUCAAGUGGUAAUAAAAAGUGCAGGAAUAUUCCUAAAAUUUAUUAAUUCACCUUCUAAUAAAAUAAUUCAAAAACUCGAACUUCUAACAUGAUUUGGGUUGAGAAUAGCUACUUCAUGAUGCUAUCAGGGAUCCUUGGAAGUAUAAAUUCAGAUAAAAUUAGAAAUUUCCACUGAUUAUCGAGACUAAGGGGCUUGACAGAGCUAUUCAGCUCUCCAGCAGAAGAGUCGAUGAGUUUGAAUUCCCAUUCUAAACAUGAUUAUUUA